UAAACGGGUCACUUCCUGUAUUUCGCGUAGCGUUGACAUCCGCCUCAUUGUACUGUCAUUCCUUACGGAUGACAAGCCGAAGUAUCUUUGAAUUGAUUUAUGCAAUAGAUGUAAGUGGGGGUAAAGAAACCAUCAGUAAACAUGCGGAGGGGACUGCAGAAGCUAAGCAGCCGGGCUGGAGAGUUGAUGGCUGGUCUGCUGUUGGUCCACCUCGGAGGACUGCUGGAGGUCUGCAUCGGCGUCUCUGCAAACAGAGGGGGGUAUCCCUCCUUCAAUGAUGAGAUUCCUUUUAAAAUCACCUGGCCGGGUGCUGAAUUCAGUCUGCCAUCUUCAGGUUCACUUUACAGCGAAGAUGACUUUGUCAUCAUGACAACGACAGAAAAGGAGAAGUACAAAUGUUUGCUGCCUUCACUGACAGCUGGGGAAGAGGAUGAUGAUAAGGGGUACAGAGGUCCCAGUCCAGGCGACCUUCUGGAGCCACUGUUCAAACGAAGCAGCUGCUCCUACAGGAUUGAGUCUUACUGGACAUAUGAAGUGUGCCAUGGCAAGCAUGUCAGGCAGUAUCAUGAAGAGAAGGAGACUGGACAGAAGAUCAAUUUUCAAGAGUAUUACCUGGGGAAUAUGGCACAGAGGAGUCAGUCAGCUGAUACAGGUAUCAGCGAUCAAGCUGAAGAGAAAACAGAAGUGCCUACUAAAAACAUUGAAGGUCAGCUGACCCCAUACUACACAGUGGAAAUGGGGAAUGGGACUCCAUGUACCCUGAAGCAGAACCUGCCUCGCUCCAGCUCUGUGUUGUACGUCUGCCAUCCAGAAGCCAAGCACGAGAUCCUGUCCAUUGCCGAGGUCACCACCUGUGAAUAUGAGGUCGUGGUGUUGACACCUCUGCUGUGUGCACACCCAAAAUACAGGUUCAAGUCCUCCCCUGUGAAUGCCAUCUUCUGCCAGGCUCUGGAGGGCUCCCCCCUGCAACCUCAGCGGCUCACGCAGUUAGACAAAGAGCAAGAGGAGUUGCUUAAACCACCUUUUAGCACCAAUGCCGACACCAGAGAGGAGGAAGUGUCCCCAGUUAGAGAGGAAGCUUUCACCUCCACUCACAAACCCAUGACUGUAGGAGGGCAGGUUCAGGUCACAGUGGGCACAACACACAUUUCCCGUUUGACAGACGACCAGCUGAUCAAGGAGUUCCUCAGUGGCUCGUAUUGUCUGCAAGGGGGCGUGGGCUGGUGGAAAUAUGAAUUCUGCUAUGGAAAGCAUGUCCAUCAGUACCAUGAGGACAAAGAGCAAGGAAAGAACAUUGUAGUGGUGGGGAACUGGAAUGCAGAGGAGCACAUUGAGUGGGCGAAGAAGAAUGUCGCCCGAUCCUACCAGCUCAAAGAAGAUGGAGCACAGAAAGUCAAGGUAGUUUCCCACUUUUAUGGACGCGGGGAUUUAUGUGAACUGACAGGACAGUCCAGACAGGUCAUCGUAAAGCUCAAAUGUAAAGAAUCUGAGUCUCCCCAUGCUGUCACAGUCUACAUGAUGGAACCUCAGACUUGUCAAUACGUGCUUGGGGUUGAGUCUCCUGUCAUAUGCAGAAUUCUUGACACGGCUGAUGAGUACGGACUUCUGUCAAUCCCCAGUUAAGCUGAAAAGGUCCUGUUACAGCAAUGAUGCAUGACGGGCGAGAGGACACUUGUUAGAGGCCUGUUUGCUCAAAGAAGAGACUUUCAAUGUGCUACAAGCCAAAACUGUGGUUGAACCUGAAGGCUGGACUCCAUGUUGCCCAGGAGCACUGGCCCAGUCCAGGUACUGCGAGUCCUAGGUAAUGUGACCUAAAUUGACUGUUAUUGAGUGAAAAAGGGGCUCGUGCCUCACCUAAAAGGCAGCGGAUAUAAUUUCUGAGCUUCAUAUCAGUGCUUCUGUUCCAGUUGAUUAAUUGCCAACAAGAUCUGAUGAGCCGGGGGAUUUAUUAAUCAUUCAGGGGAAUCAAGUCAACUCAUGGUGGUUUUAUUUUUUGUGUCUCUAUAUCUGUUUGUGUGUUUGAGAAAGCUUUUAAAAAUGAUUAGCCACUUGACUGUGGCUAUUUGUGCUUGUAGAUUAAAAAAAUGUAAGUUUUGGAUAAUUUUUCAGCAGAAAGAGUGAGUGUGGUGCCAAUUUACAGAAGGAGUGUAAGUUAUGCAUGAGAGCAUGAUGUGGACAAACAACAAAAGAUAGUUUCAUAGAAAAUUUGAAAGAACCAUUUGAAGAAUGCACAGAAUGUAUGUUGGUCCAAUGAUAUUCUGUGGUGUUAUGUAAAUGCACACUGGGGAAUCUUGUAGCUGCUGUAUGAUGGGGUAAAAGCCAAUGCAUUUGCUGCAAAAAAUAAAAUUACUUGGGAGUUGA